AUGUUGGCGCACUAUGGAAAAUUUGAAGCUCCUCUUUCAAGAUCCAAGGAAUACAAGGUGCAUAUCUUCGACAAGCUAAGUGGGAUUGCGACGGGCAUAGCAACGCGCGCCAUCAGGGCCGCGGCCGAGGACCCCAAGGCCCAGCCGCCCCCGCACGUCCUCGUCACUUACCUCAACGGUGCCGAGGAGGCCUUCGUCGCCGCCGACGGCGCCACUGCGCAGGGCAUGCGCGACCAGAUCCUCGCCUGCGGCCGCCUCCUCGAGACCGAGCAGCUCUUCCGCGAGGCCGGGGAGAAGUGGCCCGUCGUCAUCCCCGAGGAGGAGCUCGGCAUGCCAUUCCCCAGUAUCAAGGUGCCUCUUCUACUCUGUUCCGUUAACUUCACUUUCUGUCGAACAUCUUGCGUGCGUGCCUUGGCGUAUCUCACUGCCUUGCGCUGA